GGGAGUAGGGAAAUAAAAGCUGUGAUGUCCCAGCUGUUCUGAGCACUAAGGGACAUCAGUGAGUAUGAGUGACUCCAGGAAAGUGAGGGAGCCACCUCUGGACCUCCUGGAUGAGGAAGAUCAGACACCCAGGGGCACCAGAUAUUUUGUGAAAGGUUCUAUGCGGUCUCAAGGGCAUUGCAGGGGAUCUGUGCCAUGGCCCCAUGCUGCUGGUGCUUCAGCUUCUCUCCUUCAUCCUCUUCACCCUUCUCCUGCUGGUCAUCCUUGUCAAAGUCUCCAGACUUCCCAGUUUGCAAGAGCAUGCCAUGGAAGACACGAUCUACCAGGACCUGCCUCAACUGAAAGCUGGAAUUGACAGCCUAUGCCGCCCCUGUCAGUGGGACUGGACAUUCUUCCAAGGAAAUUGUUACUUCUUCUCGAGAUACAAUUGGCACAAUUCCAUCACCUCAUGCCAGAAAAUAGGUGCCCAGCUCAUGAUCAUCAAAAGUGAUGACGACUGUGAGCAUAAGUGGUUCUUGCCGAGAUUCCUGCAACAGACUUCUAAGAAAAAGGGUCAAACCUGGAUGGGGCUGUCAGACCUGCAAGACGAGGCCAAGUGGCAGUGGGUAGUUGGCUCACCCCUGAUGUUCAGAUUCACCAAGUAUUGGAGUGAAGGAGAGCACAAUUCUGGGGGAGAAGAUUGUACAGAAUUUAGAGGUGAUGGCUGGAACAACAUGCUGUGUGAGCUUGACAGAUUCUGGAUUUGCAAGACAUCUGCAGCCCCCUGCUCUACCAAGUGAAGUCCCAUCUAUCGCCACAGUGCCCUAGGCAGCAAGCUCGUGCACGGUGCUAUUCUGUGUUCUGCCAGUCAGUUCCUUCUUCCUGUCUGUGUGUAUGGAGGUUUUUGAUAAGAGACUUUCUUUUCUCCUCCCUCCUUCCCUUCUUCCUC